AUGAAGUUUGGGAAGGAGGAGCUGGAGCCCAACAUGGUUUUGGAACAGGCGCUUAUUGAGCGUUCGGCUCGCGGGUCAGGAAAUUUUUCGAGGGAGGAAGAACUUGAUGCGGUCGUGUCUGCCAAAGCCUUGAAAGCUGUGGGUGACGUAUUUUCUGAUGCCGGCAAUGCCAUUGCCGGUGGGGUUGAGACUGCUGGCAAUGCAAUUGCAACAGCUGCCAAUCGAGCUGCGAAUACCCUUCAGCAAGCAGGCAUGGCCAUUGGCAGCGCUGUCGCCAAUGCAGCCGUUGUGGUUGGCAAUCACGUUGUCAAAGCAGCAGAAACCCACAUUGCAGCCUUGCCGGCAGCCAUCCAAAAUGCAGCCAACGACAUUGGGAACGCGGUGGUGCAGGUCGGAAAUGUCAUUUCCGAUGUGGGAGAGAUUGCUGCAGAUGCGACACUUGACUUGGGAGGGGAUGUCUUGGAGAGGGCCCAGAGGUCUCUCCAAGAAGGUGUGAAGUUGGCAGAGAAAGUCGGAAAGUUCAUUGCUGAGAAAGCGCAGGCCUUGGGAGAAGCGGCAGUUGGCAAACUGGGGCCGUUGGUUGCGGGUUUGGCUGAAGCUGCUUGGAACCAGAUCAAAGGCUUCCUCAGCUGUUUCUCAGAGUCCCUGACCUUGUGCCACAUCCUCCUUGGAGGCGUGUGCGAUUGCAACAGCGGGUCGCACUUCACUCCAAGCGCAAGUGGGUUCUCGAUGAGGUGUGUCUUUGAUUCGUCCUCCGACUUUGCCUCGGGCUUCGGGAUCCGGUCGGUACCUGCGCAGUCGUUUGGUGGCAAAAACCCUGCUACUGGUCGGGUGAUUCUGCCGGGUGAUGAAUAUGUGCAGGCUUAUAAGAUGGCGGGUCAAAUCAUGAGAUCCCGGGAGGCCUUGAAGUCGAAGAAGGCCAAAGCACCCACAGGUUCUUGCGAGACUGGCUUGGAUUUGGCCUUUGAAGGUGCCACGCAGUUUGCCCCAGACCUUUCUGUCAGCAUGAACUUCAACGGUGACACUACGAUCAGCAUUAAGGGCCUGAUCCGUGCUUCCAUCGAUGCGUUGGUCUCCGCUCAGGGCUCUUGCGCCUUCCAUGCCGAGAGGGGCAUUCCGAGGCUGCCCAAAAGCAAGGUCAUUUGCGGCGCGUACUUUUGCCUUGCAAUCAUGCUUCAAGUUGUGGCCAUGAUCGACAUCAAGGGCGUGCUGACGGGCACGCUCGAAGUCUCGGCGGAUGUGGACUUUGAGAUUGAGGGCACCGUCACUGUUAACCCACAGGGUAAGGCGACUGCAAACUUCAAAAAUCCCUCCAUCAAGCACCAGGACGGUUUUGCACUUGGAGCAAGCGCAUCAUCCUCGGUGCGUGUGGGGAUGGGCCCAGUGCUCACAGUCUGGCCGGUGCCGGGGAUCCCCAUCAAUUUCAAUGCGAUGAUCAACGCCGAAGCCAAGGCCAUGGGCACCCUGAGCUUCCGAAGCGGCAUGUUCUUAGUACAAGAAGACAGCCACAAAGCUGACUCCGACAUGAACUUGAGCAUGAACUUGAGCUCUGAAAGAUCCAAUGAGAUCGGGAUGUGCGGCGCGGCCGCCUUGAGCACUUUCGCCGACGUGGACAUCACAAGCUUUGCGCUUCCACCCUCGUUCCGGUUUGCAAUGUCGACCGCCUUCAUCAUGGAGCAAAUCUCUGCUGCGAUCAUAGCAGGUGCCACAGCCAUGACAAGGCUGAUCACAGGUGCUAUGGCCUGUGUUCCUGGGGGGAAUGCCGUGGAGAACGCAAUCAUGUCGGCGGCCCACGAAGCGGCAUCUACAAUCACAGCCCUUAUCCCAGACUUGAACCUCGACUUCUCAGUGAAGUCCAUCCAGCUAAUGGCCCCCGAGAAGCUUUGGUGCAAAGAGGUCUUCAAGACUCCUGGCUUUGAUGCUGCCCCCUGCGCGGCGGAGAUCGGCUGCAAGUUUGCUGGGAGGACCUUGCCGCGUGGCGUCGAGGCACCGCCUCCGGAGCAGGUGAGUCACCAUGUGCAAGCGACUGGGGCGUCCGGGUCGUGCCACGACAUUCCAAUGGGCGAUCGGUUCAUUCAGCUUGGCAAUUUCCGCUUAGCCGACAUCGACGGCAACCACUUCUCGAUCUCGCACAAGGAUGGACAGACGGCCCAGAUCUUCCGGAAUGAUGGCACUUUGCACCCCGGCCCUCGCACGGACUGGGGCAGCUGGGGCAGGUCAAUCGGGGCUUCAAAAGGGAUCCACUUCGGCUUCCAGUACAUCCAGAUCGGCAACUUCCGGCUGGGUGCUGUCGACGACACGCACUUCUCACUGUCGCACAUUGGUGGCCAGACUGCCCAAAUCUACAGGAGUGAUGCCAUGUUGCAUCCUGGGCCACGCACCGAUUGGUCGACCUUCGACCGUCCUGAAGGUGUGCCAGCUGGCAUCAGCUUUGGGGACAGGUUCAUCCAGUUCGGCAAGUUCCGAAUUGGUGAUGCCGAUGGCAACAACCUGGCCGUAACCCACACUAAUGGGCAGGUGAUUCAACUUUAUCGCCAUGACGGUCUCGCAACCUCCUCCAAUUCCCUGGGCGCGGGAUUGGCGGGGGCCGCAUCGCUGGGGCUCGCGGUCGCCCUGGUCGCACGGUUCGCCGGGCAGCGCGCCCGCUACGCCGGAUUGUCAGCGCCCAAACACUCGGUGAAUCGCCGUGGCCCAGCUUCAUGGACGUGCAAGGACAUUGCAGAGAUGGCCUUCGGAGUGUGCGACCCGGACUUUGGUACCUGGGGAGACCGCUUCAUCCAGCUGGGAGAGUGGCGCCUGGCGGCAAUGGAUGAAACCCAUUUUUCGGUGUCUCACAAGAGUGGCCAGACUGCGCAAAUCUACCGCAGUGAUGGCACGCUGUUUCCUGGGCCACGCACUGACUGGGGGUCCUGGCACAGACCCAUCGGAUUUCCUCAUGGCAUUACUUUCGGAGCUGGCUUUAUUCAGAUCGGCAAGUUCCGGCUUGGGGCGGUGGACGACACGCACCUCUCCAUCUCCCACCGCGAUGGACAGACCUUGCAAAUCUUCCGCUCUGAUGCAACUCUCCACCCUGGACCAAGAACUGACUGGGGCCUGUGGCAUCUCAGUGCUGGGCCAGCAGCAGGCGUCACGUUUGGCGAUAGGUUCCUGCAACUUGGUAAGUUCCGAGUGGGCGAUGCUACUGGCGUCCACCUCCUUGUCACUCACCUCGACGGCGCAACCAUUCAGCUUUAUCGAUCAGAUGGCACGCUGCACCCCUGGGUGGGGCCGGAAUGGGCUGCCAAGGUCAAUGUUCGCUAUGCCCAGUUCCACUGUGGAGGCAUCCAGACAGUCAUGCGCACCUGUCCUGGAAUUACCACAGGGGACAGAUUCCUGCAGCUGGGUGACUGGCGUUUUGCCGACAUUGAUGGGAAUCAUUUCAGCAUCUCGCAUCGCGCCGGCCAGACGGCCAUGAUCUAUAGAAACGAUGGGGCUCUCCAUGGAGGGCCACGGGGAGACUACGGCAGCUGGGGCCGUGAGUCGAAAAGGAUCGGCUCGGGCGGGACAUCUUUCACUCAGCAAUCCAAGUUUCCUGGGAUGAAGCACUUUCGGCGGUUUCAGAGGCAUGUCAUUCCCCACAUGAACGCUGUGCAAAGGGUGAAGUUUGGAGAUCGUUUCAUCCAAUUCGGGAGCUUCCGGAUGGGUGCGGCUGACGAUACUCACUUUUCCAUUGACCACAAAGAUGGGCAGACUAUUCAGGUCUUCCGUGCUGAUGGCACCUUGCACCCUGGACCUCGCCCAAACUGGCCCUUGUCAUUGUGGAACCGACCCCUGGAUGUAGCGCAAGGCAUCACAUUUGGGGACCGCUUUGUGCAGAUUGGCAACUUCAGAGUUGGAGAUGUGGAUUCUGGACAUUUUUCAGUGACGCAUGUAGGGGGCCAAACCAUUCAGAUCUUCCGAUCAGAUGGCAGGGUCUUCCCAGGCCCUCGCACGGAUUGGACUACGUUCGGUCGUGAGUUGUUGGAUUGCACAGUGGAGUAA